GGAAGCAAGCAUGCGGUGUCAUGUCAUUAAAAACAAACCCAUUCGAUCGCUGUUGUGGAGCGGCAGAGUGCUUUAAAGGUAGAGUCGUGCAUCACAGUUUCGGGGGCUCUUCCCACCCCUGAAAUUGAAUUAGACUCCUUAUUAACAAUACCACCCGGCUGAAACUGGCAACUGGAGAGAUGGCAACUGAGAUCCGCAACGCAGCGUGGGUUUUCUUGCUGUCCUUCGCCUUGCUGUUUAAGGUGGGGGCAGAGGUCAGUGAUCGGAAGGUGUUUCUGAGGGAGUUCACACUGAUCCGCCGGGACCCCCUCCCCGAGGAGUCAGCCACCGAAGUUCUAGGGGCACACAAGCCCGACGACCCGAGCUCACGGACGGCCCGUUCGGAGGAGGAUCGCGACACCCUGUGGGACGCCUGGGGCUCCUGGAGCGAGUGCUCGCGCAGCUGCGGCGGUGGUGCCUCCUACUCGCUGCGGCGCUGCUUGAGCUCCAGGACAUGUGAAGGCCAGAACAUCAAAUACCGGACCUGCAGCAAUGUGGACUGCCCCCUCGGAGCCGGGGACUUUCGCGCACAGCAGUGCUCGGCUCACGCAGACGUCCGACAUCAGGGCCGGUACCACGAUUGGCUGCCCUUGAACAAUGACCCUGAGAACCCCUGUGCUCUGAAAUGCCGGGCCCGUGGUUCGGACCUGGUGGUGGAGCUGGCCCCCAAGGUGCUGGAUGGAACCCGCUGCUACACAGAGUCCCUGGACAUGUGCAUUAGUGGGGUCUGCCAGAUCGUUGGCUGCGAUCUCGAGCUCGGCAGCACAGCCAAGGAAGACAAUUGUGGGGUCUGCAAUGGGGACGGCUCCACCUGCAGGCUCAUUCGAGGGCACUACAAAUCCCAGCAGUCAGCGGGCAAGGGGGAGUUGAACAAAGGAGCGGAGGACACGGUUGUUCUCGUCCCCUACGGCAGUCGGCACGUGCGACUGGUCCUGAAAGGUCCCGAUCACUUGUUCCUGGAGAGUAAGACUCUGCAGGGAGUCAAAGGAGAAAACAGUCUGAAUGUGCCUGGGCACCAUCACCAUGAGAACACCACCGUGGACUUCCAGAAGUUCCCUGACAAGGAAGUUCUGAGGAUGGCUGGACCACUGGGGGCCGACUUUACCAUUAAAAUCCGUUCUGUCACUAGCGGGGACAGCGUGGUCCAGUUCAUCUUUUACCAACCCAUAAUCCACCGCUGGAGGGAGACGGACUUCUUCCCUUGCUCAGUGACCUGUGGUGGAGGGUAUCAGCUGACAUCAGCGGAGUGCUAUGACUUGCGCGGAAGCCGCGUUGUGGCAGACCAGUACUGCCACUACUACCCUGAAAAUGUGAAACCCAAGCCCAAACUGCAGGAGUGCAACAUGGACCCUUGCCCUGCGAGCGACGGCUACAAGCAAAUCAUGCCCUAUGACCUCUAUCACCCUCUUCCGAGGUGGGAGAGCAGCCCCUGGACGGCCUGUUCCAUGUCCUGUGGAGGGGGGGUCCAGAGUCGCACUGUGUCAUGCGUGGAAGAGGACAUCCAGGGUACUGUCACCCCCGCGGAGGAGUGGAAGUGCCUGUAUUCGCCCAAGAUGGCCGUCGUGCAGUCCUGCAACAUCUUUGACUGCCCCACCUGGCUGGCGCAGGAGUGGUCAGCUUGCACGGUGACUUGUGGCCAGGGCUUGCGGUACAGGGUAGUGCUCUGCGUGGAUCACCGGGGUCUCCACGCUGGAGGCUGCGACGCCAAGACCAAGCCACACAUCAAGGAGGACUGCCUGGUCACAGUACCCUGCUACAAGCCUGCGGAGAAGCUCCCGGUGGAAGCCAAGCCUCCCUGGUUCAAGCAGGCCCAGGAGCUGGAUGAGGAGACAGUCGUGACUGAGGAGCCCACGUUCAUCCCUGGGCCAUGGUCCCGGUGCAGCAGGUCAUGCGGUGUUGGCACGCAGCAGCGCAGCCUGAAGUGCCAGGUCCUGCUCUCCUUCUCCCAGGCGGUGGCCGACCUCCCGGACGACGAGUGCGACGGUCCCAAGCCCCCCGGUGUCCGGCCGUGCUACCGCAGCCCUUGCUGGGGCCCCGGGGUGGGAGUGUGGGGGAAGGAGGAGAGGCAGGGGGAGAGCCAGGAGGGAGCGGUCGCACGGCCGGACAGAGAGGACCUCCUCGACUGGGAGUACGAGGGCUUCACGGAGUGUUCCGAGAGCUGCGGAGGAGGCCUGCAGGAGGCAGUGGUGGUCUGCAGGAACAAACAGACCCGGGAGCCAUCAGAGGAGGCCCUGUGUGUCAGUGCUCGCCGCCCCCCCCAAAUGGUCAGAGCCUGCAACACCAUGCCCUGCCCCCCCAGGUGGGAGUUUGGCACCUGGAGUCCGUGUUCAGCCACCUGUGGGGUGGGCCUCAGGACACGAGCCGUGGUCUGUGCUCGCCCUCGUUCCCAUGGCGAUAACGGGACAGUUCCGGCUGGCGAAUCAGAAUGCCGGCACCCCAAGCCCAGCUCCGUGCAGGCCUGCAACCGAUUCGACUGCCCGCCCAUGUGGGAGACUCGGGACUGGGGGCCUUGCUCCCAAAGCUGUGGGGGAGGGACACAGAGGCGGGGGGCCACGUGCAAGCAACGGCUGGCAGACGGCAGCGUCCUGGAGCUGCCAGACACGUUUUGUCCCUCGCGGGGCCCUACAGCGCUGCGUCCGUGCAAUGUGACCGAUUGCCCCCCCUGGUGGGCGCCCACGAACUGGUCCCAGUGCUCAGUUACAUGUGGAGAGGGGACCCAGACUAUGCAUAUGGAAUGUCGGCACGACCUGAACGGCGAACAGCGAACCACGGCCCCUGCAGUCUGCACGUCUCCUGCCCCCCCGAUGGCCAUCCGAAUCUGCUCCCCAGGACCCUGCGCCGGACCACUGGAGCCAGGAAGUGUGAAAUUGGGCCCAGGCAUCCAGGCCCAGAGAAAAGUGUACAUCCAGUGGAGGAAAGAAAAGCGGCUUGAGUUUGUCACAGGGGGCUACGCUUACCUUUUGCCACGUACCUCCGUGGUCCUGCGCUGUCCCGCCCAACGUUCUCGCAAAGACCAGGUCUUGUGGCUGAAGAACGGCAAGCCAUUAGCCAGCGUGCCUCAUCUUUCCAUCACUGCUACGGGCUCCCUGAAGAUCCAGCGUAUAGCGACACCGGAUGCCGGCGUGUACACCUGUGUGGCUGGCCAGGCGCACGAGGACUUCGUCCUGAAGCUCCUCGGCAGCAAGCAGAAGCUGAGCAUCCAGGAUGAUAGUCUCUGGCUCGCCGGAAGCCAGGAGAAGCUCCAUCCUGAAUCGCCGGGCGCGAGGCUCUCACUGGGCCGCUACGACGCCAUCGUCCAGCGGCUCCUGGAGCUGAAGGGCCCCGGGUGGGAUGGCCCCAUCUCUGGAGAUUUGCGGGGCUCAGCUGAGAGGAAUAUGUCCUCCAUGGAAGGGGAGCCUGCUGGAGAGGCCCACGAUCCUCCCACACUGGAAGCUGAAACAUGGAAGCUGGAUGAGAUCCUCCGUAAUUUGUCCCUUUGGCCCGGAGAACUGGGGGGAACACAUGGAAUGGAGGUCCUGAUCCAGUUACUGGGAGAGCUUACUCGUUACCAUGGUGAUAUCAACGAGUCCGCUCUCCACCACCCCGAAGAACCUAAACGGGCUGCAAACUCACACAUACCUACCUCUGAUGUCACCACUGACUCCCCCAGGUCUGGGUCUUUCUCACGCUCUCCUGGGGCGUUUCCACAAGCACCCAUAAUCAUCCAGAAGAGCCAGAAGAUAAACGACAGCAGGUCCCCUUCAGAGGUCGUGGUCUUUGUGGGGGAGCCUCUGCAGCUGUCCAAGUUAAUCUCCAGUGUGGAGAUCCGCUGUGUGACACUGGGCCAUCCCAAGCCUGCUCUCACCUGGUCCAAAGAUGGAGAAGAGCUGCGUUACAGUACCAGAGUAGGCAGGCUACCGGACGGCUCACUGAGAAUCCUGACCCCGGGCAGGGCUGACCAGGGGCUCUACACGUGCACCGCCAGUAACCAUGCCGGCACCACCUUCCGCUCCUCUCUGCUGCAGAUUGCAGACGCCACAAACCAGAAGCCCCCCACGGCAGGGACAUGCCCGGGGCAAGAGUGCACCCCCAGGUGGCUGAUGUCCCCUUGGUCAUCCUGUUCUGCCAACUGCGGCGGUGGGGUGCAGCGGCGCAGGGUGUCCUGUCACCGAGGAGGCCGGGCGGAUGGAGUGGCCGCCUCCGAGGAGGACCCUUGCGCCCGGGCAGGGAGGAGACCCCCCGAAAGCCAGCCGUGCAACAGCCAGCCAUGCGCGUGGUGGGCUGCCACUGCCUGGGGCCUGUGCCAUGGACAGUGCAUUGGUCCACGCCUGGCCACACAGUUCAGGCAGGUGUUUUGCCAGGCCUGGAAUGGCACCAGGCUUCCUGCUUCAGAGUGCAGAGCCAGAUCUAGGCCAAGCUUGUACCGGAACUGCUCCACCGCAGCAUGUGCAGUGCAGUGGCGAACGGGACCUUGGACCCAGUGCACAGCCACUUGCGGAAACCAUGGCUUCCAGGCACGCCGUGUGGCCUGCGUCUACCCCCGCGGCCCCCACAGAGCUCCUCUGGGGUUGCAUCACUGUCCCCCCAGGGGUCGGCCUUCCAGCUGGAGGCGCUGCAACAUCCGGCCCUGCUCUAGCCCAGGCGAGUGCCGGGACAGCACCAGGUACUGCGAGAAGGUCCGGCAACUGGAGCUCUGCUCGCUAGUCCAGUUCAAGACCCGCUGCUGUGAGUCCUGCCAGGCAACAUGAGGGAAGGUGCGGACACUGAGUGACACGCAGGACCAAGAACAUUUGCAGAUCAAAACCUCGACUGCUGGCUUUGGAAAAGGACCCAGCGCAACACACCAAGAGGUCUGACUGUGGAAGAGCGCACGGGGUGACGCAGGACUUUUUGAUAUCAAUGAAGACUUUAAUAUAAAAUUGCUAUGGUUUAUUUUUGUGUUCUUUCAUUCUGCUCCUAGAGUUAGGGUGGGCUAGUGUGAUGCUUUGUAGAACAUUCUAGAAAAUCUCACACACAGAGCAGAAAUCCCAGAAUCCAUCAGUUUCCCUUUUCCUGUACUGUCCCUGUGACGCUUUCUGACAAGGCGCGUGCGGGAUGAUUAGAGACUGUGAGGCACCACGCUCUGAAGAUGGUUCAAAUUUAGUGUAGUAAAUGCACUGGAAGGCCUGUUCUUCAGACAUCCGGUCUAGUUGAACAUUUUCAGUUUAUAUUACAAUGUAUAGCAUGACCACAUGCAGACCAUGUGUAUCACAGACAAACUGAAUUUUCCACCUAUUUGGAUUCUUAUGCAUUUUUAAAAAAUAUGCAUUAAUGACUUUGAUUUUAAAAAAAAAAAAGAAUAAUCAUCUGUUUCUAGCCGCAUUGCAGUCUCUCCCCGGGUUACGAUGGCGUUACAUUCCGACAAACCUAUCGUAAGGCGAAAAUGCAUUUUAAUACAGUACACCUAACCUAACAAACGCUUACAUUACCCUACAGUUGGGCAAAAUCAUCAGCACAAAACUAUUGUAUAAAUAUAGUAUUGAAUAUCUCAAAUAAUUUAAUGAAUAAUGUACUGAAAGUGAAAAUCCCAUUGUAAAGUCAAAAUAUCGUAACACAGGCCAUCAUGACCCAGGGAGCGUCUGUACUUAUCUGCCAUCCACAUCCCGAUCUGAAGAAUGUAACUUUGCUGACCGUUUAUAGUGUCCAUAUCAUAGUAGGCUGGGGAGUUCAAUCGUUUUAGUGGAAACAGUGAACAUGAAGACUGAAAACUGCUCUUCUGACAAUCUGUUUGAUAAAAGCACAGCAGUAAAAAUCUGGGCACAAGUUGUGUCAUGUUUAAAAAAGGACAGUAAUAUUGUAUUUGUAUUUUUUCCAGAGUCAAAAAAAGGAACAUUGUGUGAAUAGCUUAAAUUCCACUGGAAUUCCAUAAUGUCACGUUUGUCCGCAUGUAUGUUGUAAUGGGAAUCUGACACAACAGACCUGUUGUAAUUUUUUUUCAGUGAGCAUUCUGUUGUCAUCCGUGCAUGUGCAUUUAUAUCAAGAAUUCAUAGGAAACCAAGUCUUAGAAAGCAGAGGGCCUUGUUCUUAAUGUAAAUAUUGAGAAAUAGAAAUGUAAUGUUGUUUUAAAAGGGAAUGUACUGAUGGCUUCAUAAAACCUGAAGUAUAUACAGUAUUGCGCUUGUUGACAAAUCAGAAGAAUAGGGUCCAAUUUGCAUCAUGUGUAAAUUUUCUCUGCAAACUGGUACUGAUUGUAAAAGAUCCCCCCCCCCCCUCCCCGGAACCACCACCACCACCCCGGUAACAUCGCUUGAGUUUUAUUCAUAUAAUAUAAUUUAUUGUGUAUGUAAUGCAGUUGUGUAUGCAGUGUAAUCAUGGUAACUGUGUCGACACCAGAGCAACUUCUAACUACCACAGUAUUUCUCAUCCCUCCCUCGCUGCCACAUCCUCUUCCCAUUGUUUUGGGAUAUUUACAUAAAUUCAAUAACAAAAGGACCGUUUGUGUGAGACAAAAAGCCAGAGAAAUACCUUACAUCGGACAGGAACGCCGUUUCAUUUUUUUGGGACGAUUUUGCUUUUCUGGCUUCCCACUGAGCUGCUCUGACAGAUCUCGUUUAAUUGUAUUUGCACACUAGCUUCCUCUUUCGAUUGCCAGCCAGGAAGAUGAAAUGAUAAUCGGUUACAGAUUCAUUUAUUUUAGGCCAGUAAUUUAUACUGGCACAGUGUUGCUGGGGUGACAUCCUCAUUUGGUUGAAAAAGAAUGUUGUUAAAGGAUUUCUGCAGUUACGACCAAAGAUACAUCUCUGUUAUCCAGUUCACUUGGCAAGUUCUUAUUUUGUCAUUCAGCCACAUAACACGUCUUUCUUAAUCACCAAGAUGGUUAAGGAAAAAAGAAGCUGCAACAUCUAAAUCCAAAGCAUUGUGUACAUAUCUUCUUACUCUGUACGGCUUUUGGAGUUCUCCCGUCGGAACAUUGCAGUGUGCUUUCCCCUUUAUAUUUGUCGCAGACAAUGGGUUGAAGUGAAUUUGAAAUGGAUAAUCAGGGAAAUGUUUCAUUGUAAUACACGUUUUGUAAAUAACUAAAAUACUUUUUUGUACCUUCUUGGAACUAUUUAUUACAGUGUCUAAGUGCAAUUGAAAUGUAAAUGAAAGAUUUUUUUUGAUAGUUCUGUAUGAAUAUUUACUGGUUUUCCUUUUCCAGAAUGCUGUAAACCCUGUGUACAGUGCAUGCCAUGGACUAUGGUUUUAUAUGUUCGCUGUUUUCUGGCACCCAGUACCAGAUUUGAGUGUCCGACUCAAUAAAAUGAUUCCUUUCCAGCUGCA